AUGGCAAACAUGUCAGAUCCUCUUCUAAUUGGGAGAGUUAUUGGAGAUGUUGUUGAAUCGUUCUCCCCUACUGUGAGAAUGACAGUGACUUACAACAGCAACAAGCAAGUAUAUAAUGGGCACGAGCUCUUUCCUUCGGCAGUAUCCAUGAAACCUAAGGUUGAGGUUCAUGGAGGUGAUAUGAGAUCUUUUUUCACGCUGAUCAUGACUGACCCAGAUGUUCCCGGUCCUAGUGAUCCAUACCUGAGGGAGCACUUGCACUGGUUGGUGACAGACAUCCCGGGCACGACAGAUGCUACAUUUGGAAGGGAGGUGGUGAACUACGAAAUGCCAAGGCCAAACAUAGGGAUACAUAGGUUUGUGUUCCUCCUAUACAAGCAGAAACGCAGACAGACAGUACUGAUGAACCCUAAUAUCCCUCCUGCAAGGGACCGCUUUAACACCCGACAGUUUGCAGAAGAAAAUGAACUUGACCUUCCGGUGGCUGCUGUGUUCUUCAAUGCCCAAAGGGAGACAGCUGCGAGACGACGUUGAAAACAAGCUACCACAAAUAAAACAGCUAAUUAAGACAAGUACUACUACAUUCAGCAUCGAUGUACAAUUAUUUUGGAAGCCAGCAAUGAUCGAUGCUUGUUAG